AUGGUGAAAGCUUGGCUCCGCGCCACGGCUGCGCUGUCGGCCGCCCUGGCCUUGCAGGGCGCCCUCCGUGGGCGCCUGGGCCGCGCCGCUGCGGCUGCCGGGCUGACGGCGGUGCUUCUGGCGUGGUCGGCGAAGCCGCGGCGGGCCCGGAUCCCGCAGCUGCCGCGGAGGUAUCCGAAGCAGUACGUCGCCAGGAAAGCUACUGUGGUUCCCAUCGAUGGAGACUUGACGAAGGCCGUUUGGCAGCUGGCUCCCUGGAGCGAUCCUUUCGUGGAGAUUCGUGGUGAAGAUGCGCCAAAGGGGACCAAACCCUCGCAAUGGGAGACCACUCGUGUGAAGAUGCUCUGGGAUGAUGAGUAUUUGUACAUAGCUGCAAUGAUGGAUGUGGAUGCUGGAAACGAACUCGUAGCCAAGUUCAAGGAGAGGAAUUCGCCCAUCUUCCACACAGAUUCGGACUUCGAAGUCUUUUUGGACCCUGCUGGCUGUUGCCAUGGCUACAAGGAGUUGGAGAUCAAUGCUCUGAACACUGUCUGGAAUUUGUUGCUGACUCGUCCCUACAUGGAUGGUGGCGGCGAAGUCAGUGGCCGCGUGGCCAAAGAAGGCGAGAAGUCUUACUGGGACGUGCGGAAACAACAAACCGCGGUGAAAGUUACGAAAGGCCAGAUUGGCAACCCAACCUCUCCGUCGCAAUGGUGCGUUGAAAUUGCUUUGGCGCACAGCGAAAGCCUGGGCGAUGCGCCGGUGAAAGCGGCCGAACCCUUCGUGGGACACUGCUGGCGGAUCAACUUCAGCCGAGUGGAGAAGCAGGGCCAGGUGAAUUGGGUUUGGUCUCCACAAGUCGUUUGGUCACCUGGUGACGGCCGAUAUGUGGGGCAGGUGAACAUGCACCUGCCCGACGCCUGGGGACACCUGAUUUUCGCCAAUGAGGCAGGACAACUCUUAGAUGGCAGCGAUGCACAGGACUUUGUUGAUCCUACCUUUGCAGCGCGCCACGCAUGCGCAUGCGUCUAUUAUGCCUGCAGAGCUUUCCAUGAGGCCAAUGGUCGCUUCCCGAGCUCCUACCAAGAGCUUGGAAACUUGCCGUGCGAGAUGGAGACAGUGGAGUUGCGCCCAAGGCCUGAUGGCUACGUCGCGCAGGUGUCGGCUGCAGGCCGGACCAUGCAGGUGAACCACCUCCGCUUGAUGACAAUCGUUUAG